AAUUGUUUCAUUUUGUUGCAACGACGCGCAAAGUAAUUGGACCAAUAAUUACGCUUUGAAAUUUUGGCUGUAAAUCGAAAUUUGAGAAAAAGGCAGAACUGUCGUGAUGCGGCGGCUUUGGCAGUAGUGUGGGAUUUAUUUGGUAGCAGGUGUGGCAAGGUGUUUGCACACAAUGCAAAGUUUAGUUGAAACAUGAACAUUCAACGUGGACGAGCCAUCUCUGUAAGUUCCGCCCUAGCCAACUUACCUCGCCCCAACUCCAUUCGUCGAAGUUUAUCUUCACAAAGUUUUCCGAGGUCUAUCCGUGUUGUGGUGCUGGGAGCUGGUGGCGUCGGUAAAACAGCGAUGGCGGUUCGAUUCGUAACAAAGCGAUUCAUCGGCGACUACGACCCAAAUCUAGAAACUAUCUACCGCCACACAGCGGUGGUUGACGACGAGGUCGUGAACUUUGAAAUAAUGGACACUGCUGGUCAACAGGACGAAGAAUCUUUAGCGUUGGAGGAUAAAUGUCGAUGGGGCGAAGCUUUUAUAUUCGUCUACGACGUAACAGACAAGUAUAGUUUCGUGGAACUCGAUCGAUUGAAGUUCGUCGCGAGUUACGCACAUUCGAAAUCUCGGUUAAGUUUCACGCCUUGCUGGGGUUUGGUCGGGAAUAAAUCGGAUCUGGCGGACCAUGAGCGGAUUAUUAGCAUCGAGGAAGGAAGGGAGCGUGCGCGGGACUUGAGGUGCCAUAUCUUCCGCGAAAUAUCGGUAAAAGAGUCGAUGUAUGAAGCGGGUGAGGUGUUUGAGGAUUUGUGGCGGGAGUUUUCAAAGAGAAGCCCUCGAUCGCCAUCUAGCAGUCAGCGGCGAAAGUUUUCAUACAGGAUCCAGGAUAAGAUACCGGUGUUGAAUUCGAACUCGUGCGCAUGCGAUACAUGGCGUCACAGCCCGCAUAAUGUCGUUACCAGCCUCGCUAAUACAUUGAGACGACAAUCUCUAGCAAGCGGACUCAUCAAGUAUUCCAAGGACUUCUACUCGAGGGAUGAUGACCGGAUCGACGAGGUGACGCGGAAUAUUCCACGAAUCCCGGAAGUUGAGACAGAGGAAAGCGAAGUCAGCGACGAACCGCGACGGCGACGACGUAACGCUGUGGUGGGUGGUUUCAACCCCCCCGCCACCCCACGAAGGACGCCACUAUCAAAAGCUCUCAGCGUUGAUAAUGUGUUCAGUAAGGCGAUGCAUGAACGUGAUGACGUAUCAUCGUCAUCCACUACGUCAUCAAUUACGUCACUAAACGGUUCAAUAAGUCCCUCCAACAAACAAAUAUUUGAAAGUUUCGAAGGGACGAGAAGCGAUUCCGAUUCGUCCCCCCAGUCACGUGACAACAAUGCUAGUAUUGUGACGUCAUACCCGCAAUCAUAUUUUCCCGCCAUUACUUCAACAUACUGAUCACGUGAUCAAAAUUUUUAUUUCGUAAUAAAUGUUAAUUGUGACGUCAUAGUGUCACCACCAAG